CUUCUUGCGGGAAGGCCGUUUUAGUGGCCGGUCGGAAUCGGAGCGUAGCCGAGUGAUGAAUCCGAGCCUAGCCGAUACCCGCAGGCCCGAUAUCGGAGGGGGCUCGACGGUGCCUCCUAGCCUUGCUAGCGCUCCUUCGGAGUCUGCUCCUUUUGACCCUAUGGUUUCGGAGGUCGGGGCUGCGGCGGGUGAGUGGACAUUAGUUUCGGUCGGGCCAAAGGAACGGACUUCCGUUCUCGUU